UUUUUACAAUGUACGUGAUUAACAAUGAUUCUGUGGUGGUAGCCCCCUCCUCUCACUAUCACCAAAUCAGAUUGCGCAAUUGCGCGGUGAAAAAUUGACAGUUCCUCGUGCCGGCUGCCGAUUGCCGUCAAAACAUCAAGUACUUACAUUGACCGCCACAUUAAUUAUUAUCCAAGACCACUACAACGCUCAUCAAGUGAAAUCCACAUCGAAAAAAAAAAAUAGACAAUUAUCCUCACCCUGGAGGAUGUCUAUCAUUUGCAAACCCCUCAAUUUGCUUUACAAUGAAUUUGGCAUCGCCUCAGUAUAUGCAACAGGUCGAGAUGCAUGCUUCAUCAUCUUGGCACGAACGUGCCGGAUGUUCGCCUUCGGCGCAGCCUCUCUCAUUAUUGCUCUCUUCCUCUCCACUCUCGAAUUCACAGACUUUCAAAUCGGCCUGUUCAUGACCUUAACUCUCGCAGGAGAUGUUGUACUCUCACUCUCUCUGUCCCUCGUGGCUGAUAGGAUCGGUCGCCGUCGCGUCCUCCUGAUAGGGGCAUUAAUGAUGGCCAUUUCAGGAGGGAUAUUUGCCGUUGCUGAGAAUUACUGGAUUCUCCUUGGCGCAGCUGUGGUUGGUGUGAUCAGCGCAACGGGUGGUGAUUUUGGACCCUUCCGUGCAAUUGAGGAGUCUACUUUAUCCCACCUUACCACGGCGGAGACACGCUCAGACGUGCUAUCCUGGUACGUGACGGUUUCAAGUCUGGGUUCUGCUUUCGGAACUGAGUUCUGCGGACGAGUAGUCGAUUUCCUACGGAAUCGACCUGGUUGGGAGAUUACGCGCGCUUACCAUGCGGUGUUCUGGCUGUACAUAGUCAUGGGAGUCAUGAAUGUGAUUCUGGCACUGUCAAUGAGCGACAAUUGCGAGAUACAUGAGAAAUCACCUCAUGAAUCUGACGCAUCUGAUCCAUUAUUGGAUGAUUCAUAUCAACAACAACAACAAGAAGAAGAAGAAGGCGCGGAUUCUAACGAUACAUCUAAGCAAAAACCAGAACCAAACGCAAAAAAGAGCCUCCUAUCUCAAAUCUCAUCCGAGACUCGUUCAGUCAUGUACAAACUAUGGUUCCUCUUAAUAGUCGAUUCUCUCGCCGACGGAAUGGUUUCAUACGCCUUAACGAAUUACUACCUCGAUCGAAAAUUCCACUUAUCCAAAUCCACCCUAGGAGACAUCAUGUCAAUAAGUUAUUUCCUUUCUUCCUGCUCCACCAUCUUCGCGGGCCCUCUCGCUCGACGUCUCGGUCUUAUCAAAACUAUGGUCUUCACGCACAUUCCAUCUUCCACGGCUGUUCUACUCUUUCCUAUCCCGCAGAGUGUCCCUCUGACGAUUGUCUUGUUUUUCAUCCGCACGGGGCUCAAUAACAUGGAUCAAGCACCGAGGGCAGCUUUCAUCUCAGCUGUGGUGAAGCCAAAGGAGCGAACGGCAGUCAUGGGAAUUACUAGCAUGAUGAGAACGCUUGCUUCAACUAUCGGUCCUAGUGUUACUGGGUUACUUGCUGGGAAUGAUAGGUUCUGGGUCGCAUUCGUGACGGCGGGGGCUCUUCGCAUCGCCUACGACCUGGGUCUGUUUGCUAUGUUCGUGAAUAUGAAGCUGUAUACGCAUGAAUCGAAUGAACGGGAAUCAGACCCGAGACGGUCGAGUGUUGAGGAGGAAAGUACCUGAAACGCAGUCAGAUGAAUGGACUUCUUGAUGAAAAGGCAGGCGAUGAAUGAAAAUAAUUCGUCAAUUGCCGCCAAUCAAAACAUGUAGAAAUUUCUCUCGUUGUCGAUAAUAUUAAGUUUACGUUGUCUUUUUGUUGUAGAAAUGGGAAAUU